AUGGGUUGGUUCUGGGCAGAAGGUAUCACCUCAGACACAGCCGCUCCGCACCCUCUACCGGCAUCAACCACCAUCCAACCUCCUCCAUCAUGUCCGAUGCACAAAAGUCGCAAAGCAGAUGCAGCGCCCAUACCGCCAUCACCAUCACAACCUCCGAGCGCUUGUCCAUAUACGCCUCCAGCUCCUAGCGAUACCGCCGGCCCAUCAUCAACCCCAUCAUACAUCUCGAAGCUGAACCCACUGAACUACAUGCCAAGUAACAUAUCCAACAAGCGAGAGUCGUCUGCACAGUCUAUAGGCCUGCCCUUAGAAAGAGAAGUAUCUACGAUCCCCCGUGGCGAUGGAACAGGUACUUGGGAGUAUCCUUCACCGCAGCAGAUGUAUAAUGCGAUGCUGCGGAAAGGCUACACCGAUACGCCUGCCGAGCAUGUCGAAGCCAUGGUCGCGGUGCACAAUUUUCUGAACGAGGGCGCCUGGGAGGAGAUUAAGGGCUGGGAGAGCAGGUUCGGUAAGGGUCUCAGCCACGGCUGGGAGUUGUGCAAGCGAGGAGAGGAGGGUGCGAGGCGGCAAAUGCUGCUCGAGCAGUUCAGGACAGGCCGAAGCGAGGGCGCGGCUGAGCCCAAGCUGUCGCGCUUUGAAGGUCGACCAAACGAGCCGUCACCAAAAGCACGAAUGCUCUCCUUCAUGGCUUGGUUGUACCCUUCGCAAUUUCCGGAUAACCCGCCCUUUGACCGACAUGACUGGUACGUGCAGCGACGUGCACAGGAUGGUCAGGGGCGAGAGGUACGCUAUGUGAUCGACUAUUACUCUGGUCCUCCAGAGCCAACGGGCGAACCUGUCUUCUACCUGGACGUUCGACCCGCGGUUGACAGUCCCACGGCCGCGUGCGAGCGGCUAUUGCGAUGGGGCGGCGAUGUCUGGUGGCGGGCGAGCGGAGCGAGUGUGAGAGAAGAGCUUGCAAAGCAGAAGACUGGUCGAUCAUAA